AUGGGCCCCAAAGUCCGCAGAGCCGAGCAGAAGCUCGACGACGAGCUCGCACAUCACAUCGCCACGGAUUGGGCGGAUUUCCGCCGGUUUGCACCCAAGAAGGAAAUCGCCUUGCCCGAGGCUGUUUUCCGCUUCAGCGAGGGGCCUUUUUGGGGCUGGACAAUCUCAAGUGUUCCGGCUUGGUAUCUGGACUUCCUCUGCUCCGGCGGUGAGAGCUUCCUGCUCUGGAAGGACGAAGCUCUUUCCACCGCACUUUCCAAGAUGGGAUACCGCAAGUACGAAUACACCAUCUACAAACCUGAACCUGAGAUCUACGACGAGCUGUUCCGCUUGCCCCAAGAGCCGCCGGUCAUCACCCGAAGCCUACCCAAGCAAUGUCCCAUUGCGAACGCGGAAUCUACAAUCCUCAGUCGCAGACAAAUAGAAGGGACUUCGCGCUAUUAUUACAACGUCCGCAUUAUUUACUACGACAAUGAAGCCACGAGCGAGCGCAAUUCCACCGAGCCCCGCGAAGAAGUUGCGCAGAUCGAGAUGAGCCAAAUAUUGAAAUAUGUGUCACGCCGCGAGCUGGAGCGCUUUGAACAGGAGGACUACAGACAACAGGCGGAGGCGGAGGAAAUUGCCAGACGGGCAGAGGCGGAAGAAGCUGCGAAGCGGAGACUGGCGAGGAAUGCUAAAGCGCGCGGGAUAGGGCGAGGCGCUUCAGCGUUGACCGGGCUGGGACCGGAGAACGGCGACGCAUCGAUUCGAACAAGAGGACGACCAAGAGGUAGAGGGAGGGGUCGAGGUAGAGGGCGAGGAUGGACAAGCAGUCGUGGUGGCCUUGCUUCUGCAGCAGAGCGUAUGGUUGAAACCGGGGAUCUGAGAAGUGGUCUUUUGGAGCAGGAAAUAGGAGAUUCUGCGAUCUUAGACACAUCAGAAGACGAGGAGGAUGAGGACGAGAUCAACCUUACCUCCAGCCACCCCUCGCCGAACCUUGCUGUCAGCUCGUUUAUCGCAAAGAGUGCGCUGGCGCUCUCGCCAGUCGCAGCGCACCGGCGUCUGUUCAAGACGAUGCCCAUACAUGGGCAUUCCGUCCACGAUGAGCACCAAUUGUAUGACGAAGAUGCCGAAGAAGAUACGCGGUCAAUGUCGAGCGCUGCAGCACAAUUGCAGUUUGAACGAGAUAUCUACGGGAAGCAAUUACACAGUGAUGAUGAGAUAGCCGAAACCGAGGAGGACGAUCGGAUGGAUAAUAUGGACCGGCAUCGUACAAAACGGCGGAGGACGGAGAGCACAACGUCUACAUCAGCGGUAUCCGUGGCUCCCAGGACACAACGAUCUUUCGCACACACGUCCCUCCCGAAAUCCCGCCUCGCCGAGACUGUGGAGUACUCGUCCGACGAUGACGCUAUCUACGAACACCCGAUGCUUUCGCAACUGCCCGCACACGAACGCCGCAAUAUCCAAGUCGAGGAUGUCGAUUCUGAACCGCUUGACAGCUAUAGUUACAGCCAUGGCUUCGAUGAGGAUGACCAGGAUAUGGCUGAGAAUACUGGGAAAGAUGCGGGCGAGGACGCAGGUGAGGAGGAGUACAUCGUGGAAGACAUACUGUCCCACGUGUACGAGGAUGGCAAGAAAUUUUACCUGGUCAAAUGGGAAGGCUACGAGGACAGCAGCGAUUGGCUUCCGGAAGAAGAUCUCAUGGGCGCGAUCGAGCUCGUAAAUGAGUACAACGCGAGAACUCGGAAGAAGAAGGGGAAGCAGGCAGUACGCUGA